AUGUUUGGAUCACUUCUGCUGGGAAUUGCAACGCUUCUGGGGCUGAUAUACGCCUUUCUGGUCUCCAACUUUGGCCACUGGCGAAGGCGUGGCGUGCUGGAGCCCCGCGUCCUUCCGCUCCUCGGGUCCUUUCCCAAUAUUGUGUGGCCACGCCAGCACUUCACCAUGGACAUGCGCGACAUUUACAUGCGAUAUCGGAAUUCACACAGCUAUGUCGGCUGCUUUUUACUACGAGCCCCCAAAUUGCUCGUUUUGGAGCCCCGUUUGGUCUACGAAAUCUACGUGAGCGCCUUCAGUCACUUCGAGGACAACGAUGUCUCCAAAAUGGUGGACAUCGCCAAGGAUCGUCUGGUGGCCCGCAAUCCGUUUGUCCUUGAAGGCGACGAGUGGCGCCGCCAGCGGGCGGUCUUCUCAACUCUGCUGACCAACGGAAGGAUUCGGACCACCCACGCCAUCAUGCAGCGCGUCUGCAGGGAUCUCUGCGAGUUCAUAUCGAGGAAGUCAGAGGGUGGAACGGAACUGGAUGUCAUCGAUCUCGGCUUGCGUUUCACCGGUGAAUCCCUGUUCGAUUGUGUCCUGGGAAUCCAAGCGCGAACCUUCAGCGAUAAUCCUUUGCCAGUUGUCCGCCAGAAUCAGGAAAUGUCCGCCGAGAAUCGGGGAUUGGCCAUAGCUGGUGCCGCUUGUGGACUAUUUCCCAAUUUACCGCGACGUCUGCGCCCCAAGAUUUUUCCCCACUCCCAUGAUCGAUUUUUUGGCGCCAUGAUCAGUGAAGCGCUUCGUCUGCGACGAUCCAAACACCAGGAGAGGAAUGAUUUCAUCAACCAUUUGUUGGCGUUGCAAAAGGAGCACGACCUCAGCGAAGAGGACAUGGCCUCGCAUGCCAUGACCUUCAUGUUCGAUGGACUGGACACCACCUCCAAUAGCGUUGCCCAUUGCCUUUUGCUGCUUGCUCGUAAUCCCGACUGUCAGCAGCGUUUAUUUGAGGAACUGCAGGAGAUAAGUUCUGGUGGAGAUCUGCCAGAUCUGGAUGCUCUCAUAGAUCUGCCUUACCUAAGUGCCUGUUUCAAUGAGAGCUUGCGAAUUUAUCCCGCUGGCGGUUGGGCCUCAAAAACCUGCACGAAGGCGUACGAACUAAAGGGUAGUCACCAUUCGGAGCCCCUAAAACUGCGACCCGGCGAUAAUAUAAUGGUGCCCAUUUAUGCCCUGCACAAUGAUCCUGACUUUUAUCCGGAACCGGAUGUAUUUCGACCCGAGAGAUUUAUGGACGGCGGACUGAAGAACUUCAAGCAGCGGGGAAUAUUUCUGGGAUUCGGAAAUGGACCUCGUCAGUGUGUGGGAAUGCGAUUGGGCCUGGCCUUGGCGAAGGCAGCUCUGGCGGCGAUUCUCCAGCGAUUCGAGGUCCUGGUAAGUCCCCGAACCCAAAAGGGAACCGAAAUAGAUCCAAAGAUCUUUGUGGGUGUCCACAGAGGUGGCAUUUGGUUGGAGUUUAAUCCGCGAACAAUCUAGGAUAUAUGGGAUAUAUAAGAAAGUACUGGAAAUGGUUACCUAUUCAUAAUUUAAAAGGCCAACAAAUUUGAUGAUACUGUAAUCCAAAGAGGAAUAGUCAAUUUUUUUUUAUUUCUUUUUAUUUAUUUUAAUUGUUUUACAGGGUUUUAUAUAUUUGUACUUUUUUAUUUAUGCAAAAAUGAUAACCAAAUUACAUCGUUUUGAUGAUGUAUUUGUUUAACUGUGCAUGGCUUUUCCGACAGGUUUUCAUUGUUAUUUUUCUUAACAAAGUCAGUGGUUCAAUAAAAAUUAGAGUGGGUCAUCGCCUUUGUUAGGCUCGGGGUUUAGCUGAAUUCAGCUGGGAAUUAUGUCAUCAGGUGGUGUCCAAACACAGGCUUAACAUCAAUAAGUCAUCCGCAUUAAAUGCAUUCACAUAUCUACACUUGAAAAAAUCAAUUAUGUAUUUAAGAGAUGCUGAUUGUUAUAAAGUUUUGGUUGCUCAAAAAUGGAAACGAAUAUAAAUAAAAAAAUGUUAU